GCCAAGAAGAAAAGCAUUUCUCACAGUGCCUGUGCUGUGCAAUUUUUUUUAUGGUACCUUUUUAUAGAUGUUGAGUGUUUCUUGCUGGCUGUGAUGGCGUAUGACCGUUAUGUGGCCAUCUCCAACCCACUGCUCUAUACGGUCACUAUGUCCACACGGCUUUGUAACCUGCUAGUGGCUGGGGUGUAUGGGGUGGCAUUGGCGGAUGCAACGACAGGCACGUAUUACACAUUCCGGCUGUCAUUCUGCCGCUUGAACGUCAUCAAUCAUUUCUACUGUGACCAGCCCCCACUGCUGGCACUGUCCUGCUCUGACACCCGCAUCACUGAGAUUUUGAUGUUUGCCUCCGCGAGCUACACUGUAUCUAUCAGCGUUGUGAUCAUUCUACUCUCCUAUGUCUGUAUCAUCUCCACCAUCCUGCGGUUCCGCUCUGGCGAGGGCUUGCGCAAAGCCUUCUCCACCUGCACUUCCCACUUGACUGCAGUGGGCAUAUUUUAUAGCACCGCCCUCUUUACGUAUUUCCGUCCCUCCUCCAGCUACUCCAUGGACACUGACAAAAUAUUCUCAGUAUUCUACACGCUGGUGAUCCCUAUGUUGAAUCCCUUUAUCUAUAGCCUGAGGAACACAGAGGUGAAGGGUGCCCUGAGGAAAGCGAUGUAUAAAUUUAUGACCCAUUCUUGA